AUGAAAAUUUUUGUAACAUUAGUAAUUGCCUUGUGUUUGUUUACACAUCCAAUUGUAUGCAAGAAACAUUACAAUGAGGAAGAGCACUCUGCGUUUGAGAAGAGUAAAACUUUAUGAGAGAUCAUAGGCCAUAAAAAAUUAUCUCUUUAAGAUGAUCCUUCAUAUUCUAAAUUAGAGGAAAUCUAAGACCAUCCAUUAGGCUCAAAGAUAUUACAGACAAUAGCUUUGUAAUUGAGAGGAAAUGAAUCUUUAAGUGCUGUAAGUAAAUUACUUAAUGACUUAAAAGGAGAUUUGGAAGUACAAUUGUAUUUUAAUUUGAAUAGGGUAAAUAAAUUGAUGCUGAUAAUGAAAGAGCAUAAAUAGGAUCUUAAUGCAAGAAAGAUCUUUAAAAUUAUAGCCAAAGAAUUAGUUUAUCAAUUAAUGAAAUUAAAGAUGCAGAAUUUAAAGCUAAAAGAUUAAAUGAAGCUAUUGCAGUUUAUUAAGCAGAAAUAAAUGAGAAAGCUAGAUAAAUUUAAGUAUUUUAAGCUAAGGAUGAUACUUUAAGAGAUAUUAGAAGAUAAGAUAAUUUAGAUUUUUCAACAAGAACAACUUAAAUGAAAGAGAUGGUAUAAGCCUUUGAAGUUAUCCUUCCAAAAUUACAUUAAGUUUGGGAUGUAGCAGCAUAACAUAAAGCUGGAUCAUUUAUUGAAGAAGAAGCAAUCAAUGAAGCUUUAGUUUAAUUAGCAAAAAUUGGGUAUAUAUCUAAAGUAAUGUUAAAGUGAAGAAAACCCAAUUACUGCAAUGGUUGCUUUAACUUCAACAUUGGAACCAACAGCAGUCUAAACUUUAAUUGAAAAAAUGGAAGCUAUCAGAGAUUCAAUCAAAGAGAGUAUAAAAGCAGAAGAAGAUGCAGAAGCAAAGAAUGCCAGAGUAUUUAUAUAAUCUACUUUUUUUUAGGAUACUGAUACAAUUUUAGCUGCCAUCUUCAAUGCUAUUGAAAGUUUGACAAGAGAGAAAUCAAGUGAUGAAGAAGCUUUAUAAGAGACAAUCAGAAAUAGAGAUAUUUAAGAUAAGAGAUCUAGAGAUGCUCAUGCUGUAAUAAAUAUUCUAAUUAAUUAAAUUAGGAAUUUAAUGCUGCCAAAAAUGGAAAUUAAUAAAGAAAUUAAUAAUGUUAAGAAUAUGAAUUACAAUACCAAUAAAAUACUAUUGAAAGAGAUAAAUAGAUUGCCAUUAUUAGAGAUGUUUAAAAUAUAAUUGCAACAAAGAUAGAAGUAGUAACAUGCUUCGUAGAAGAGAAUAAUUUAUUCUGAAUAAUAUGAUAAUUAUAAAGCAUUAAUCAACAG